GAGGUUAUAUUUUCUCUUAGUUAUAAAUUUUCCUCAAUUGACAUAACUCGGCACGCGAAAUUGCAUUUAGUUUUCUUUAAAAUUUUGUGAAAUUCUUUAAAAAGUUUAACUCAAUAAAUUAAAACAUGAACAACUUAACCAAGGCUACUUUACGCUUCGUGGGCAACACCUCCUUAAAAAAUGUUUUCGGUGGCAAACGCGAUUUUACUCGCACUUUAUGGCACAUGUCCAAAACUCCAGAAUAUUCCGGUCAACAAAAGGGCAGUGUUUUGCAAGUGCAUAAUCCUACCUUGAACUGCAAUUGCGGUUGUGGCAUGAAGCGUAUGCAUACUAAAGGUGAACGUGAAUUGGUUGAAUUUUUAACAGAGGAAAUUUUGGCCGAACGUAAGGCCCAAAAAAUCAAGACUGUACCCACCACAUUGGAAGGUUUUGCUGUUAAAUUGAACGGUGCCGAAGUUGAGCUGAGCAAACAAGCUGAAAAGGAAAAAAUUGUCAUUAAUUUCAAUGUAAACCAUACCGUUGAUACUGAAGAAGAACCCGAAAUUGAUCCCAAUGCCGACAAACCCGAUUUGGGUGAAAUGCGCAGCAAACCUCAAUUUGAAGUUGAUAUCGUUAGAGGUUCUACCACCCUAUCCUUCACCUGUUCCUUCUUGCAAGGUACUCCCCAAGAAGGAGAAUACAAUGACAUCUUUGGCAUUGACGAAAUGACCAUUUACCAAGGUGAAUGGAACGACAAAGUCUAUGCUGUAGCUGGUGAUGUUUUGGAUGGCUACCUUUACGAUUUGUUAAUGAACUUGUUGGAAGAGAAGGGUGUCAGCAAUGAAUUUGUUGAAAAGCUGUCCGAUUUAGCUACUGCCUAUGAACAUUCUUCCUACAUUGGUUUGUUGGAAAGUCUCUCGAAAUUCACCACCGGAAAGUAAUUUACACUUUCUUCCUUCAGUUUUUAAUUUCUGUUAUAACUACAAAUAGUUUUUAAGUUUUAAACUAAAUUUAUUAUUUUUUCUGCUUUUUAAUUAUUCUUAUUUUAUUUUUAUUUCUUAACACUAGUUAUGAACAAAAAAUUGCCAAAGAAAGUAAGCUUGCUUUCAAUCAAGACUCAAGAUUUCUAAUAUAAACUACAAUCAAGACUCAAGAUUUCAUUUUCAAGCAAGUUCAAGACUCAAGAUUCCAAAAGACAAACUUUAACCACAUUUUUAUACCUCAAAAAAGGAAUUUCUUGUAAGUUUUUUGUUAUUUUUUAAAGAAAUAUCUUUAUUUUUAUAUAAUUGUAGUUAUAGUUUGUUUUUAUAAUUGGUUUACAACUUUCUGCCAAACAUUUUUGUUUAUGACCAUGUGUGUUCUUUUUUAAAGUGAAUUUGUUGAAAAGUUAUUUUUACUUUAUUUCACUUUUACAAAAUAACUUUAUUAACUUCCUUUAUAAAAUAUAUAUACUGUUUUAAGAAUAUAUGGUUACAAAAAUUGUUACGAAGUAAUAAUUCAAACAAAGGAUGAUUUUCAAAAAGAAA